GAUAUUUUAAUGGAUUUGCUAAAACGCUCAACAUCGGCCUAUAACAAUGGCAAGAAAUCAAAUAUUACCUAACUAUUAACGUUAUUGACAUUCACUUGUAAUUAAAGCAUUCGAAGACUUAUAACACAUCACUUAAAAUACAUUGGAGAUCAUUAGGAUUGAGAUUCAUCAGCAUUACACCGUAGUCGACAGAGGGUGGUGUGCAAGCUAGUUGGAUUCAGGAUAGCAGAUACUCAGUGAUGACUAUAGUUUCCGACAUUCAACUUCAGUCAUUCUGUAUCUCCGCUCAUCAAAUGUAGCGUAGAUGAAGCGAGCAACAGCAACACAAAACAAGAUAAAACUAUUAGAAACUCAUUGAACGUUCACGUUUAUUCGCCAGUUUGGUGGAAGACAUCCGCCUGGCACCUCCGUAUAUUUUUGGAACGGACAACAGUAAGAGACAAAACAUACACCACAUACGGCUAUUAUUUAAUUAUUUUUAAGAGGUUAGAAUUUAGAUUAUGGAAAUUAAGGUGAAAGCUUACCAACCAAAUGGCACUGAAUUUGAAGCGUAUAAUACCGUACGUCAAGUGUCCAAUCUUGACGAUGCAGACACUGGCAAACAAUUUAUUAAUACGCAUGAUGCUUGUGGUACGACAAGCGUUGGCAUCGGAGUUACGCCGCAGACGAUGGUUUUAAACAUAGGGGGUUCAUUACACGAAGUGACCCGAUCGACUCUACUAAGAUUCCCCAAGACGAAACUUGCAAGACUAGAUGAGUCAAGUCCUCAUUUUCGUGCUCACAAAGGAGAUUAUUAUUUCGAUCGUUCGCCCGAAAUGUUUUCAUCCAUUUUAAAUUAUUAUCGUACGGGCGCCUUGCAUUUACCGAACAGACUGUGUGGGCUAGCGUUCCAGGAGGAGUUGGACUUCUGGGGUAUUGAAGAACAGGACAUCGCCAGUUGUUGCUGGGGAAGUUUUAAAGAAUCUCAUUGUGUCAAGAGCGCCUUGGAAGGAUUUGAGAAAUGCUUCAACAAUGCGCUUGAAUCGGAAGAAGGCACGGCUGAUAAAGGGGUUGAGCGUCGUCAGAAAUGUGCGAGUGGGAUGAGGCAGAAGGUUUGGUUGGUAAUGAACGACCCAACGAGCUCCACAGCUGCGAAGGUUGGUAUGAUAUUUAUUACAUCAAAUGUACGAACGUUGGUGUGAAUGGACAUCGGUCACCAAUCCAGAUGUACAAGGGAAGGAGGUCGUAUUAAUUUAUGCUCCUACUCUCCAUUGAUUUAUAUGAUGACCUCUUUCCCUUAUUAUCUUACACAAUCAGGGCCAGUAAGGGCCUUUAAAA